CUGAAAUGGAUGGAGUAGAGAGGAAAAGGACAGAGGCUCAGAGGAGCAUCAUGAAAGAUAGCGGGAACAAACGAGACUCCAGCAUCCCCGAGCGCGUGACACUCAAGAAGGAGAUAGGACUUCUGAGCGCGUGCACGAUCAUCAUUGGUAACAUUAUUGGCUCAGGAAUAUUCAUCUCUCCUAAGGGGGUUCUGGAGCACUCAGGUUCUGUUGGAUUGGCACUGGUGGUGUGGAUGUUAGGAGGGGGUGUAGCUGCUCUCGGUUCACUCUGCUACGCUGAACUAGGGGUCACCAUCCCCAAAUCUGGAGGAGACUAUUCCUAUGUCACUGAGAUAUUUGGUGGUCUUGUGGGGUUUCUGCUGUUAUGGAGUGCAGUAUUGAUCAUGUAUCCCACCACACUGGCAGUCAUAGCUCUCACUUUCUCCAACUAUGUACUUCAGCCUGUUUUCCCGCACUGUAUUCCUCCAUAUAUGGCCACGCGCAUGCUGUCCGCAAUCUGCAUUUUGUUUUUGACAUGGGUGAACUGCUACAGUGUGCGCUUGGCCACACGGAUCCAGGACGUGUUUACAGUGGGGAAACUUCUGGCUCUGGGCCUCAUCAUUACUGUCGGUCUCAUGCAGAUCUAUGAAGGUAACUAUGAGAGCCUGACUCCACAGGUGGCAUUCACAUUUACUAAAACUCCAUCUGUGGGGCAGAUUGCGUUGGCUUUCCUUCAUGCCUCCUUUGCCUUCAGUGGCUGGAACUUCCUCAACUACGUUACAGAGGAAGUGGUGGAUCCAAGGAGGAAUCUGCCACGAGCCAUAUACAUCUCAAUUCCGCUGGUGACAUGUGUGUACACUCUCACAAACAUCGCGUAUUUCUCCUCCAUGUCUCCUGAGGAGCUGCUCUCUUCCAACGCUGUGGCUGUUACAUUUGGUGAGAAACUACUCGGGAUGUUUUCCACCAUCAUGCCGAUCUCUGUGGCACUCUCCACUUUCGGAGGCAUCAAUGGUUACCUCUUCACCUCCUCUAGGCUGUGUUUUUCCGGGGCAAGGGAAGGGCAUUUACCCAGCCUUCUGGCUAUGAUCCACUUUAAGAACUGCACACCGAUCCCAGCUCUACUAGUCUGUUGCACUGCCACAAUUGUAAUCUUGUGCAUUGGAGAAACUCACAGCCUUAUAAACUAUGUGUCUUUUAUCAACUACCUCUCUUAUGGAGUCACUAUUGCUGGUCUUCUGUACUACAGAUGGAAGAAGCCAAACUUAUACAGACCCAUCAAGGUUAGUCUGUUUGUUCCAGUGGCAUACCUGCUGUUCUGGGCUCUGCUGCUGGGCUUCAGUCUAUACUCAGAGCCACUGGUGUGUGGAGUGGGGCUGGUCAUCAUGGUCACUGGAGUGCCCAUCUAUUUCCUGGGAGUUUACUGGAAACACAAGCCAAAAUGCGUUUAUAAUUUUACUGAGUGGGCUACGUACCUGGGACAAAGAGUGUUUUUUGUUGUCUUCCCACAAAUUGACCCUAUUGAAGUCACAGAAUGGACUGACAAAUCUUCCUUCACGAGCAAGGCUUCUGGACCUCUUUGAAUUGUUUAUUAUUUUAAUUUGCCUGUUUAUUUGUUUAAAAGGGAAACUACAAAGGCUUGUAGGAGUAGUAAAACAAGAAAUCAAACAAUAACCGCCUCAUUUAUUUCAAUGGAGACUCUGUGUGUAUGUUUCUAGUGGUUUAAGUGGCGUCAUUUCAGAAAUUAUGGAUUCUACCAUUAAAUUGCUUCAGUUUUUUGUUAGAUGUGUUUUUACAGGACCAGUGUUUCAAAACCCUAGAAUUUGCUCUGGUUGUUCAUUUGCAAUUGACAUCUACAGUGCACUUGUGAGGUCUUGCCAUCAACAUAACAAUUUAAAGAAAGUAUGCAUGCCUCACAGAUGUAAAUACAUUUGACAUUUUUCUAACAAUAAUAUUCACUAUUCACAAUUUUGUUCUCCAGCAUGAAAUCAUAAUAUUACAUCACAAGACAUUUUUAUCAUUUCUAUUUUCUUAUUCUUGCAUAGAAGUUUUUUUAUUAAGACAAAAGUA